CCCUCUUCCACCACCGCAUUCCGGCAAAGCAUCAGCGCGUCACCACUGCUCAGCUCGCAGUAUAUAGCUUAGCCCAAGACCCAACACGUUUUAACAACCACCACCCUACUGCGUCCUCACAAAGCCUCUUCUUCUAGUUGUAGCCGCAACAACACCACCACACGACCCAAUCCACUCUUCCAUUCAGAGCUCGAGCUCCAGCUCCAAUGGCCGCAGGUGAAGGCAAGCGCGAGACGCGCACGGCCAGCGUGGCGGCAAUGCACGCGUGCUUCGGCGUCCUCCGGCUCAUCUGCGUGGCGUGCGCGAUCGACUGGCUGUCGGGGGCCGGGAGCACCCCGGCGGCGCUGGUGGCGCUUAUGGCGGCGGCGAUGGCGGCGGGGUGGUUCGCGAACGCCGUCCGCCCUCCGCCGCCGACGCCGUGCGGGACGCCAGGGGGCCCGCCGGUGACGGCGCCGAGGGCGCGGAUGCGGGACGGGCGGUACCUGGCGUACGCGGAGUCCGGGGUGAGCCGGGACAGGGCGCGGUUCAAGGUGGUCUACUCGCACGGAUUCUCCGGCGGCCGCAUGGACUCGCCCCGCGCCUCCCAGGAGCUGCUGGAGGAGCUGGGCGUGUACAUGGUGGCGUUCGACCGCGCCGGGUACGGCGAGAGCGACCCGGACCCGCGGCGGUCGCUCCGGAGCGCGGCGCUGGACGUCGAGGACCUCGCCGACGCGCUGGGCCUCGGCGACAAGUUCUACCUCAUCUGCUCCUCCCUCGGCAGCCACGCCGGCUGGGCCGCCAUCAGGUACAUCCCGCACCGGCUGGCCGGGGUGGCGAUGAUGGCGCCGGUGAUCAACUACCGCUGGCGCGGGCUGCCGCGGGGCCUGGCCCGGCAGCUCUACCGGAAGCAGCCUGUGGGCGACCAGUGGUCGCUCCGCGUCGCCUACUACGCGCCGUGGCUGCUGCACUGGUGGAUGAGCCAGCCAUGGCUGCCCACGUCCACCGUCAUCGACGGCUCCGGCACCUUCCCCAACGCGCUCGACGAGAAGAACCGCGUCAUGGCGCUCUCCAACGGGAUGUUCCACCAGAGGGCGAGGCUGGCGACGCAGCAGGGGAUCCAGGAGUCCUUCUACCGCGACAUGGCGGUCAUGUUCGGGAGGUGGCCGGACUUCGAGCCGACGGACCUCGAGGAGCCGCCGUUCCCGGUGCACGUGUUCCAGGGCGACGAGGACGGCGUCGUGCCGGUGCAGCUGCAGCGCCACAUAUGCCGCCGGCUCGGCUGGGUCAAGUACCACGAGCUCCCCGGCGUGGGGCACUUCAUGUCGGCGGUGCCAGGACUCGGGGACAGGAUCGUCAGCACGCUCCUGGCGGCGCCGGCGUCGGCGUAACAGCUCGAGGACGGCAUCGUUUUUCGCAUCUUGCGUGUACUAGUAGUAUAUGACUGAUCUGCUGUAGGUACAAGCCUAGAAGCAAACGCUGAAGAAAGGCAAUUCCUGUGAGCUCAGGCACAGGUUUAGCCUCUGCUAUAUUUGUGCAAAGAAACUGAAGAGCAGAAGGGACCUUUUUAUGUAUCAUGAGGGGUAUUUAACUCAGUGUACAUAAAUAUUUAUCAUCAUCUUAAUCAGAAAAAUAAUUUCAUC